AUGACAUCUGUUGAUGAAAACGAAAUGUAUAUGGUUAGUCAAGCGCAAAGUUUGCGCAAAACUGACCCCAGUUCAGCCAAAGCAUGGAUAUUGACUGCGAAAACCCUUUAUCCAAAUGCAUUCAAUGUACAGUACGAAGCGUAUCUACUGGAGCGCGAUGCCAAGAACAGCGAGAUGGCAGCCCAAUAUUUUAGUAUAAUCGCCACAAACUUUACCAAUCAACAUGCGGAGCUGUGGCAAGAGGUAAACGCCUUGACCAGUGCGCUGCGCAACGAAACGGAAAAUACGCCCGAGCAAGAGUUCUAUGUGAAGAUGUACAAGCAUCUGACACCAGAGGUGCAGCACAGCAUAUUCGUGCACACGAUAAGCAAUUGCGGCGACAACUUACAGCAGUGCAUACAUAGCUAUAUACUCAUGUUCAAUAAGUUUCCGAAAACGGCAGUAACGCAGGCUCCUCGACUGCUGGAGAUGCUCGCCGAGGGCAUGAAAGCUGAUCCCGAUGUUUAUCAACGCAUGCUUGUGGAGGAGGUUCUGCCACUGAUUCAAAACAAGCCGCCAGAGCUGAAUCCAGUGCUCGCUUGUCGUCUCUACACAAACUCAUUGGAGUAUUAUCUGCGCCAGAUCAUGGACGAUGAGAAGUGCGACACAACGGAGGCGUGGAAAAACAUAUUCAAGGUGCUCAUGCUGUGCGGCCAGAUGAUGGGCUGGGAGCCGUUUCUGCCGUUCAGCAAGCAGGUAAAUCAGAAUGUCUACUGGGAUAAGCUGGUAAAGAUAUUGCGCGGCAGUCCGGCUGGCAGCUCCCAGGUGCUAUUUUAUGCCACAACAUUGUUCAUUUACUCACUGCACGGCUACAUACGGAAGCUGCGCAUAGAGGAUGCGGAAGUGAGUCACGUCCUGGUCGAGGGCUUCAUUGACUGGACGCCCGAGGGUGGCGAGGUGCAGAGCAUGGACUGGACACCAGAAGGUGCUGAAGUGCAGAGCAUGGAACCGCCUAAAUUUUCGGCCACCACCGCCAUCAGUCAAGAGCUGUCGGAGGCCUUCCUGCACGCCGCUCGCUGCUGGCAGCUACUAAACACUGAGCAAUUCCAGCGGGAUUUCAGCCAGCUGAUGUUGGCACUUCCCUUGGCCCCUUGGAUAUCACGCUUUCUCUUCGAUCUGGCCAUUUACUUUGGCCAUCGCGAUGAAGCCAAUAAACUGAUGGCCGACAUGACGACGCAGAGCACGCUGGUGCAGAGCCUGCAAAUACUUAGCCUCAAUCUGAUGCAGGGCAGCAUGACGCUUCAGGGCUUUCAGUGCAUUCUAAAGAUACUCGCUGAAUUGCCUGCAACGAGUGGCCAACUCUUGGAGAACAUCAGCCUGAAGAGCCAUCGUCACAUGAUAUUCUUGCCGCUGACCAAAAUCGCACUCAUUCAGUAUUGCACGCGCGCCAUAACCAGUCGCUUGAGUCGGAUGCUGUUCGAGCCCAACUGCUCGGAUCGACUGCUGGGCGAUCUGCUGGCAUUGCUGCAACUGAAUCCUGAUAAGGAUAUUCUACUUAAGCAACAUAUAUUCAAUUUGAUCACGCAACGCAAAUCAUUCAAUUUGCACAUCUUGUCGAACUAUAUCAUUGCCACGGACAUAAUCGAGGAGUUGGCAUACAUUUGGAAUACACAGCAGCAGGAUGAUGUCAACUUUGAGUUGACUGGCUCGCCCACGGGCAGCAGCAGCGCCUCUGGCGGAACGAAUACACCUGCUGCUGCUGCGGCGGCUCARCCACGUCGCAUUGGCACUCGGGGCGCCGACAAGGGCGCUCGAGAUGAAUUCAAAUCGCUGAUUCGUCAACAAAUUGCGCGCUGCAACGAGCAUGUGCCGACGCUGGUGGCCAAUUUCAUAACACAGGAGCAUCUGACGCUGGUGCAGCACAUCUUUGGCAUGGCUCCACCUGUGGAGACUAUUGUCAUCAAAUGAGCACAGUCGGACUAUAUAAUAAUCAAUUAAGAAACUAUUUGUAAACAGUUAUGCUAGAUAUG